AUGACUGCCAUCGAAGACAUUCUUCAAAUCACCUCUGAUCCCUCCGAUCCCCGUGGCUACUAUCUAUUGAAAUCUGAGGAGGUUACCCAAGGUUCCACUCUUGGAGUUGAUUUUAUCGAUACGCUAUUGUUAUAUCAACUCACUGAGAAUCAAGAACUGGAUAAACCCUUUGAAUAUUUGAAUGAUUGUUUCCGCCGUAAUCAGCAACAAAAGAGAAUCACCAAAAACAAGCCAAACGCCGAUUCAUUAUAUGCCACCUUCCAAGAAAUCGAUCGUCUUGUCAUUGGCUAUGGUGUCGUUGCCUUGCAAAUAGAAAAUUUUUGUAUGAACGGCACAUUCAUGAAUUAUGUUAUUGAAAUCGUCUCGAAUGUUAACUCAUACACUGAUUUCCUUUCCCAAAUCAUCCAAAGAGCCAUACUAGAAGGUACUGCCUUAGAUUUGCUUAAUGCAGUUUUCCCGACAUUAUUAGAAUACUGCAAUCAAAAAAUCAACAAUUUUGAUCUAAACGAAUCUGUGAUUUACAAUAAUGUUCUUACCAUCUUUGAAAUAUUUGUUACAUUUAAGCCUAUUGCGGAAAUUUUCACUAAGAUAGAAGGGUUUUUUGCAAGCUACAACUGUAAGCCACAGUUUUUUGAAAAGCAAACUAUAUUGGGACCUAUAUUAUCCCUUUCUCCCAUAGAUGCUACCGUUGCAAUCCGUAAUUAUGGUGAUAACCUUUUGCGUUCCAAACAACAGACAGCCAUGAUCCACGAGUCUUUACAAGCUGAGCACAAAGUUCUCAUAGAUAGACUUUUUUUCAUUGUUGAUAAGCUUGUUCGUGGUUCUCUAGACUCAAGAACUGAUAUGAUAAGCUAUUUUGCUCAUAUUGCUAAUAAGAAUCAUUUACGUAGAGCUGAUCAUCCACCAUUCAAAGAACUAUCUUCUAAUGGAUUUAUGUCCAAUAUUACUUUACUAUUGGUCAGAUUUUCUCAACCGUUCUUAGAUAUAUCAUAUAAAAAAAUCGACAAGAUAGAUGCGAAUUAUUUCAAUAACCCAAGUUUGUUUAUUGAUCUAUCAGGAGAAACACGCUUAAAUUCUGAUUUUAAGGAGGCGGAUGCAUUUUAUGACAAAAAUAGAAAAACUGCUGAUUCUAAGCCUAACUUUAUAUCUGAUUGUUUUUUCUUAACACUAACCUAUUUACAUUAUGGUCUCGGAGGCACACUGUCAUUUGAAGAGAAAAUGGGAUCUGAAAUUAAAGCAUUGAAGGAGGAAAUUGAAAAAGUAAAAAAAAUAGCUGCAAGCCAUGAUGUCUUUGCUAGAUUUGUGACAGUACAACUAUCUAAAAUGGAGAAAGCAUUAAAAACAACAGAAUCAUUACGUUUUGCUCUUCAGGGAUUCUUUGCCCAUAGGUCUCUUCAAAUGGAGGUGUUUGAUUUCAUUUGUGGUGCAUCUACGUUUUUGAUUCGCGUUGUAGAUCCUAAGCACGAAUUUCCGUUUAAACAAAUUAAAUUACCAUUAAUCCCAGAUCAAAUAGGUGUAGAAAAUGUAGACAAUGCUGAUUUUUUGAGAGCUCAUGCUCCAGUGCCUUUCAAGUAUUACCCAGAAUUCGUUGUAGAGGGACCAAUCAACUAUUCCUUAUACAUUUCCAAGUACCAAACCUCUCCAAUUUUUAGAAAUCCACGUCUAGGAUCGUUUGUUGAGUUUACAACAAUGGUGCUUCGUUGUCCCGAAUUGGUUUCCAACCCGCAUUUGAAAGGUAAGUUAGUGCAGUUAUUAAGUGUUGGUGCUAUGCCAUUAACUGAUAAUUCCCCUGGGUUUAUGAUGGAUACAUUCGAACACAAUGAAUUAGUAAACAAGAAUCUAUUAUAUGCCCUGCUAGACUUUUAUGUUAUUGUUGAGAAAACAGGCUCUUCUUCACAAUUUUACGAUAAAUUUAACAGUAGAUACAGCAUAUCGAUAAUUCUAGAGGAACUUUAUUACAAAAUACCAUCGUAUAAAAAACAAUUAAUUUGGCAAUCUCAAAACAAUGCUGACUUCUUCGUGAGGUUCGUGGCUCGUAUGUUGAAUGACUUGACCUUUCUGUUAGAUGAAGGCUUGAGUAAUUUAGCAGAAGUUCAUAAUAUUCAAAACGAACUGGAUAAUCGUGCAAGAGGAGCACCACCAACAAGAGAGGAAGAGGACAAAGAGUUACAAACGAGAUUAGCGUCUGCUUCCAGGCAAGCUAAGUCAUCGUGUGGAUUGGCUGACAAAUCAAUGAAGCUGUUCGAAAUUUAUUCGAAGGAUAUACCAGCAGCAUUUGUCACACCAGAAAUCGUAUAUAGACUGGCCAGUAUGCUAAACUAUAAUUUAGAGUCACUAGUUGGUCCUAAAUGCGGGGAGUUGAAGGUGAAAGACCCACAGAGUUAUUCGUUCCACCCGAAAGAUUUAUUAAAGGCUUUAACAACUGUGUACAUAAAUCUUUCCGAGCAACCGGAGUUCAUCAGCGCUGUCGCUAAAGAUGAAAGAUCUUUUAAUAGGAACCUUUUUGUUCGUGCUGUGGAUAUCCUUGGUAGAAAAACCGGUUUAGCAUCUCAAGAAUUUAUCGAAAAAUUACUAAACUUUGCCAAUAAAGCAGAAGAACAGAGAAAAGCUGACGAGGAGGAAGACCUCGAGUACGGAGACGUUCCUGAUGAGUUUUUAGAUCCUUUAAUGUACACAAUUAUGAAAGAUCCUGUCACUUUACCCACGUCUAAAAUGAAUAUUGAUAGAAGUACUAUAAAAGCACAUCUUUUAAGUGACUCUACUGACCCAUUUAAUAGAAUGCCCCUAAAACUUGACGACGUGAAGCCCAAUGAAGAACUAAAACAAAAAAUCUUAUGUUUUAAGAAACAGAAGAAAGAGGAAGCCAAAAAGAAUCUAAAUAAGUGA